UGGAGAGAAAGUGGGGUAUGUUGAACCAUGUGCGUCCAUGUGCUCUGUCUUUCUCUUCUAGCCCCACUCUUAAUUUCACUUCUUUUCCUUUGAUCCAAUAAAUGCCUCCACACUCUCAUUUCUUCUAUAUUAAUUCUCUUCUUCAAUCUAAUCUCUCUCCCUCUCUCUCACUUCUUUCUAGGGUUUAAGUUUCAGACACUAUCGAGCUAUUUGGAUAUCUUAAAACAGAAAUAAGCGUAAGGAUAUGAUGAACACGUACAACAUGGUGAAGCAAGAAUUUAUCAAGAAAUGGAUAAAUACUCUCCACAUGUUAGAUUCUUCUAUCGAACAUCCUUUGAACGUAACGGAAAGGAAAAAUGCGAUUAGACUAUCAUCGGACUUAGCCAUGGCAGCUGCUCGAAAUGGCUCUACCGUAUGGAGCCGCGCUCUUAUUUCUAGGAGCGGAAAUAAGACAGCAAACAAACCCAUGGCACGUCGAAUACUAAAAAAAGCUCGAAAUCGGAUGAAGAACCGUUGUAACAUUCUUAGACGAAAUGGCAAUUUCACGGCGAAAACCUGGGUGAGAAAACGUACGGACUUGCUUAAGAGUCUUGUACCGGGAGGUGAGUUGAUAGACGACAAAGAUUAUUUGAUAAGAGAGACACUUGACUACAUUGUCUAUCUCCGAGCACAAGUGGACGUCAUGCGAACCGUCGCAGCCGUCGAUUUAUUCACCCGAAACUUAACCAACGAUCGUAGGAACAAAUAAAUGUACAUGCAUCACUCUUGUGAAUAUGAAGUAGCUAAUGAUUUAAAUGUAAGUCCAUGUACAUAUAUAGGAUAGCACUAUCUUAUCAUCUUACAAUUUUCGAAUGAAUUAUCGAUUUACUGCUGGUCAUGUAAAUUAUGGGUUAAUUUCAUAUUAUUAAUUUGAAGACCACUUGAGUUGUAGCAUUUCAUUAUAUAUGUAGUAUGUAGUGAUGUAAAUUUAGGUUACGUUGAUAUAAAUGUUUAUAAUACAACUAAUUACAUUAUUAGUUCAUUACAAUAGGGCACAAACUCUUUUCUUUUUUCGGUCUAACAAA